AAACAAUUAUAAAGACUACGUUUUCGCUUUGGCUGGAUGGUUGUUUUGACAUGACCAAGGUUUCGACAUCAAGUUACAUUGAAUAUCUUGAACAUUCAACCGGGCUUCUUUUCUGGAGAGAUAUAGUAGAUAUGUUAUGGUUCAUAACAGCUAGUCUUAAUGUUGUUAUUCAUGAAACUUAUCUCAUUCAUGGACAAUUACAUGGAAGAAAUAUCUUAGUUAAAAACGAAGCAGAUUCAAUAGAUACUAGAAUUGCGGAUUAUGGUUUGCACGGUCCGGUUGAUAAACCAUCACAAAAAAUUUAUGGAGUAAUACCUUUUGUUGUUUCGGAAAUUUUUUUAAUGGAAAUACGCCAACAAAGGAAUCUAAAUUUACAGUUUAGGCAUGAUAAAGUGGAUAUUUCAGCCGGUGUAUACCCUUAUUAUGAUUUACAACUUGUUCAAGGAAUCUGCUAUGGAUUAAGGUAA